AUGAUUCGAUUUUUGAAGAAGAAAGCACAUGGAACGCGAAAUCUCGUUACUCAAAUUGCUGAUUUGAUCAAUACUGCAACUGCUGUUGAACGACCAUCUAUUGAACUAUCAAUUCCAACGGGUAUGAACAGUGUUGGUAUCAACAGUUCCAUCUUUGAUAAAUAUCGAUUGGACUUUGUAAACGUCUUGCACACACUAACUCAAAAUGAAAUGGAUGUUGUGCUAUUCUUACGAUACAAAGACGUAUUUGUUACUUUUCAUACGGUUUUAUAUGACGCGCCAUACAAUUGCUGCAGUUAUAUUGUCUCUUACAACUCUAAAAGUACUCACACUGAAUAUGGUCAAGUUAUUGUUUUUUUCAAAUACCGCGAAGAUUACUACGCGUUUAUCUGA